UAGUGCAAAAUUUGAAACAUUGAAAUGGAUCUGUCAAAAUUUUAGUGAUCUUUUUGAAUACCUUUUAAAAAAAGGGAAGUUUAUACCAAAAAAAUAGAAAUGUGAAAUUAUUAGUGUAAAAAUAAAUAAUCUUCGCCUGCGGGACACCUCGAGCUGGAUCGGUCCUUAACUCUUGGCUCGAGCCAUGGAUCCAGUGGAGGAGGCAGUGCUAGUGAGUAAGACCCCUCCCGUCCCGGACACACCUAGGGUACAUGCAAAAUGCCACAACCGUCCACAUACCAGUCCACAUGUCCUAUCAUCAGGAACAUCAAAUCCGUCUACCUCCGGCCUUCAAGCGCAAGACAGCAUGAAAACACAUGACGAAGAAGUCAAUACAGGAAGAGAUAAGGACAAUAAGGAGGCAUGUGUGUCCGACUGGCUUUCAGGCGGACCCCUCGGCUCCAAAGGUGUGGUACUCGUGUUCCGAUCAUGUGUCCUGGCCUCCCGAACUCCCUCCAUGGAAUCAACCACCAAAUCUACAGGGCAAAACACAGGCACCGCUAUCUUACUAAAUAAAGCGAAAAACAUGGCGAGACGACUAGUCCCCGAGCCCCACACGUUCAAACCCAACAACAUCAUGCACGAAGUCAUGGAGACGUUCGGCAAUAGCAACAAAUUCGCAGGACAGGCUUAUGUCGUCCGUCAUGUCAGUGAAUCAGUUUGUCGCGAAAAACGUAUUAUUUACCGAAAGUCCCCUUUCCCCAGCCAGAGAUUGGAAGUACCAGAGACAAUAUCAAUAGAAGAACAGGGACACGAAACCUUGGAACAUAAGAGGGACAUAGAGGAUGUGUUGAAAGACCUGAGCAAGAUCACGCUGAAGAAACAUCUGAACAUCGAGAAUACAACCGCGAACAUCAAGCCACCCGAAGAUCCCCCACCUCCCGCUGUCGAAGAGAAAAAGAACAAGAAGAACAAAGGGAAAAACAAAAGAAAAACAAAUAUACAUAAGAAAAUUUCCGAAACUAAUCUUCAGACUGGCAGCCCCAUGGAUAGCGACGAUUCGGAGCAACUAGUCAAAGAGGUGGACAGCGUCAAGGUCCUGGAAAGCAACUGCAUGCCCGCCCGGCUACUCAAAAUCACGUACAAACUAGUCAACACAGAAACCAAACUGCUCAACCGAUUACUCCAAGCCCAUGGACUCGUGGAGUCCGUGCCCGACGCCAAAGAUUUCAACCUCUUGUGGUCCGGCCUCCACCCUAAACCAGAUGUACUGAGAUCCCUAUCGCCUUAUCAACGAGUCAACCAUUUUCCGAGAUCAUACGAGCUCACACGCAAAGACAAGCUAUUCAAGAACAUCGAGAAAAUGCAGUACUUCCGCGGCCUGAAGCACUUUGACUUCAUACCCACUACAUUUCUCAUGCCGGCCGAGUUUAAGGAAUUAUGCACGGCGCAUUAUAGGACCAAAGGACCGUGGAUAGUCAAACCUGCUGCGUCUAGUAGAGGACGGGGGAUUUAUAUAGUUAAUACUCCCGAACAAAUCCCAAAAGGCGAGAACGUGGUCGUAGCCAAAUACAUAGACAAGCCACUCCUCAUAGGCGGACACAAAUGCGACCUCCGCCUCUAUGUGUGCGUGACGUCCAUAGACCCGCUUCUUAUAUACUUGUAUGAGGAAGGAUUGGUGCGGUUCGCGACCGUCAAGUAUGAUAAGACGAACAAGAAUCUUUGGAACCCGUGCAUGCAUUUAUGCAACUAUAGCAUUAAUAAAUAUCAUACUGAUUAUAUCAAAUGCGAUGACCCAAACGCUGGCAACAUCGGCCACAAAUGGACUCUGUCCGCACUCCUGCGCCAUCUACGAAAGCAGGGCCGCAACACCACCGCCCUCAUGGCAUCCAUUGAGGACUUGGUCGUCAAGUCCGUUCUGUCCUCGGCUCAAACUAUAACUGCCGCUGCGAGGGUGUUCGUGCCUAACUUCUUCAACUGCUUUGAGUUAUUCGGGUAUGACAUCCUCGUCGACGACAUGCUGAAGCCGUGGCUUCUUGAAAUCAACUUAUCACCCAGCUUAGCCUGCGAAAGUCCCCUGGACGCACGCGUCAAGUCGGCGCUUCUAGCUGACACGCUCACUCUAGUAGGGCUCCCGGCCGUGUCCAUGGGCAAAACGGAGGCUGCGCCGCAGAACUCGCUCAAGAUGAGGAUCGGAGCGUGUCGGCGGGUCCAUUCCGCCGAGAACGUCUGCGCGGGUCGCACAAACAACAAACCCAGCGGACAAACCUCACCCGCGGCGCUCACGAGCGAAGAGCUACGUCUUGUUCGAGCAGUCCGUGCGCAGUACGCCAGGCGGGGAGGCUUCGUGCGCAUCUUCCCCAGCCAGAACAGCUGGCAGAAGUACGCGCAGUACCUCGACCCAGUCUCCGGUAUCCCAGUAUGCUCAACCUCCCUCAACAACAACGUGCCAUACAACGUGGUUCCGCACAACUACAACUUGCUGGUUCACGCGCACGUGUUGCCGCACUUCGCGCACGCCACGGCCGCCACCAGCACCAGCCUCGCGCCGCAGCCCAUGCCCACUCCGACCAGAUUAAAACGUUACGAGACAGUAACCAUAACCAGUACAGCGCCGGCCAUCAAUUUAUCCGAGCACACGCCUACACCCGCUCCCAACGACUCGCGGCACGCUAAAUCACUUGUUAAGAAACAGCUCGCCGACGGAAUGAGACUUACGAUGGGAGAAGUUCGUCGCGCCUUCGGCCUGUACCUGACCCACGUCCUCAAGCGCAUCUCGUGCCCCUCCAACGAGCUGGGCGCGGCUCACGCGGCGCUCGUGCUGCGCUUCCUCAAGCGCGCCUCCAACACGCUCCGGAUGCCUUACAAUGUAAAGGGCCCCUCAGCCAAGAUGUGCGACAAGGACCGCUGCGCUGUCGUCGCUAAGCAGCUCAACGAUUUCCUCUACAUGUACUAUCGGGAGACGGACUUAUACACCGACAGCGAAGACAGAGAGAACUGUGUUUCCAACAUCAACUUUGCGCAGUUCCUCUAUUCUGCCAGCGAAGCGGACCUGGAGGACGUGCUGCUCCUCCAACUGAAGAUGGAGCACUACGUGACCCUGUUCCUGAGCGACACGCGAGCGCCGUACUGCGUGGACCUCCCCUCCGCCAAGCUCGGCGGCGCCGCGCGCCACACGCUGCUCAAGUACCUCGCCUGCCUCGCGCCCAUCAACACCAGGCGAUACAGGUACCUGAGCGACACGCGAGCGCCGUACUGCGUGGACCUCCCCUCCGCCAAGCUCGGCGGCGCCGCGCGCCACACGCUGCUCAAGUACCUCGCCUGCCUCGCGCCCAUCAACACCAGGCGAUACAGGUACCUGAGCGACACGCGAGCGCCGUACUGCGUGGACCUCCCCUCCGCCAAGCUCGGCGGCGCCGCGCGCCACACGCUGCUCAAGUACCUCGCCUGCCUCGCGCCCAUCAACACCAGGCGAUACAGGUACCUGAGCGACACGCGAGCGCCGUACUGCGUGGACCUCCCCUCCGCCAAGCUCGGCGGCGCCGCGCGCCACACGCUGCUCAAGUACCUCGCCUGCCUCGCGCCCAUCAACACCAGGCGGUACAGGCCGCCCUCGGACACAUCCAGCAAAACCGAAGCCGAAGACUCCAUAAACUCCUCGUUGCCUUCCUUCACCGACUCCGACGUGGUCAUCAAGGAGUCCAUGAAGCAGGAGAAACCGCUGCCCCAAGCCUUGAAGUACGCGCGAUCAUAGCACAGGACCUUGAGGAACAUCACGCUACCACGCAUUCAAUCUUCAGGUUAGAACCUAUCACGCUACCACACAUUUUAGUCGUGAGGUGAGUUUACCUACUGUGAUAUCUGUGGUCGAAGACUCCAUGAACUCAAUGCCUGUCUUCACCGUCUCCGACGUGGUCAUCAAAGAGUCCAUGAAGCAGGAGAAACCGCUGCCCCAAGCCUUGAAGUACGCGCGGUCAUAGCACAGGACCUUAGGAACCUCACGCUUCCACGCAUUCAAUCUUGAGGUUAGACCUAUCACACUACCACGCAUUUAAGUCGUGAGGUGAGUUUACCUACUGUGAUAUCCUGUGGUCUUAAGAGUCCAUGAACUCUCUGCCUUCCUUUACGCUUAUAUCCUCUCCCCUGAUCCUCUUCUGAGCUGAUGAUCAAAGAAUUCAUGAAGCAGGAGAAACCGCUGCCCCAAGCCUUGAAGUACGCGCGGUCAUAUAACAGGAAGUUGAGGCACUCCAUAUCGUUACCUUCAUAAGGUUAAAUAGCUAAAGUUAGUUAUUUGGUCAUCUUUAAGUCCCUCAAGGUCGUUUCAAACAUCAAUUCAUUUUGCAUACUUUGAACAAGCCAAUGUAAUAAAUAAUAUUUUGUGCAACAGGUACAUAAUAAGGGUUUUUAAAAUUCAAGAGCCGAAGUUACAAAACGAAACGAAGUUGAGUUUUGUAAAGACAGACCCGAGAAUUGGAAGACCUAACUAUGUAACGUUGUACUCAAUAUUUUUUCUAAGACAGCAGCAAACACCUAAAAUGAUAAAUAAAAUCAACGUAAAUAUUGAAGCGCGCUAAUGAAGUUGAUUUCACUGGCAGUCAUUUAAUUGACAAAUAGAAGUGCUGGAGUAGAAAAGCUUUUGAAAGCUUGAAGGCUCCAAGGACGUAGCCAGCCAGUGAACGGGGGCGGGGGGCAAGAUAGCGCCGGAGGCCUACGGGAGGGGCAGAGGGGACAUCCAUUGUAUGUAAAAAUUGAGUACCAAAGGGAGGGAGGGGCAGCUGCCCCCCUCUGUUCCUAUCUGCCAACGCCAAUAGACCCCAUUAACAGCGUACACCUUAACAGUUAUAUUCGUUUUUGGCGCUGUGGGCGUGACUUCUUACGAUGAUUUUAGGCGUUUUUGGCAUUCAAAGGGGGGAGGAGGUUUAAGGAGGUUGCUGAAGAAUGUUAAUAUCCACAGAUUGUAGGUCGUAAAGUAUUAUUCAUUAGACAACAUAUAAGUCGCUAAAAACUGAAUUUACAUCAGAAUAGGCAGUCCGGUGGAAAGGAAAUUCCGUUUUGCAUUGACAUUUGUCAUGAUUUUAACGUUGUAUUUAGUAUUUUAUUCGUAUUACUUAACAGCUCACUUUAGAGAUCAAUAAUAAUUAUAUUGCAAGAGGCCUUAUGGCAAUGGCAUUGAUAUACUAUCUUAAUGUUGGGUGAAAUUGCAAUAAAUAAAUUUCAUGUGUGUUCCACAUAACCGCACAGAGUAUUGUUAAGUUCAAUAAUGAAAUAGAAUAAUUUUAAUUCUAAGUAUUUUCUCUAAAAUUGGAUUUGAUAAUAUUGUGUGGUAUUUUUCGGAAUCUCUUAGAUAUGCUUACCUCGCUUGAAAAUGGAUGUGAAAACAAUUAUUUACUAUAACGAUAUAUUUAGUAUAUAAUACCACGUGAUAAUAAAGGUUUAAUGUAAAAUUAGGCCGCUAGAUUUUGGCAGUGUUAAUUCUUAAGGGAUUUUGCAAAUUUUGUGGGUGUUCUGAUGGAUAAAGGGUUGGAGGAAAGGCCACGGCUAUGGUUAAAGAGAUCUUCACACAACAAAAUACAUAUGUAUAUCUAAAGGUACGCCGCACUGGUGUGGAAGCAGAACCUCUGUGUAAGUGCAUCGCGCUGUCUCGCUCACACGCCGGAGCGUCGUGUGGAUCCGUAUCAGUGUGAAACCACGUAAAGCCAAAUGUCAUGAGACUAUGUAGUAGAUUUUGGCACUAAAGACAGGCAAAGUAUAUGUUCGUGGGCCUAAAUACUUUUUAAUGCCUAAUAUAAAUUGUGUGCAAAUUUUGUUUAUAAAAGUUAAUAAAAGAUAACAUUUCAUUACUUUUUUAUAUUCAUUCAGAAUAAUUAUAAUGUUUUCUAUAAUAGUCGCAUCGCUGCAGCGAAGUUUUCACUAUAAAUAUAUUAUUUAUGCCGAUAUUUAAAAAAACAUGAGAUGUCCCAACAACAACUGCGUUACUUUACUUAAACAAAAUAUUUAGUUAGAAAAAGAAAAUUGGAGGAAGAGCAUUGGUUAGUGGUAAACAAGAAGAAACUUUUGGAGUCCAAGUAUUUUAAAUAAAUAUUAUUGUACUUCAUUUCAUUGUUUCAGUAAAACAGUUGAAUUAAGGAAAAAUAAGAAUUUUAUUUAAUGUUAUCUAUGACAUUGUAAGUUAAUUGUAUUUAAUUUGAACAUAAAUGUAUUUUUCUCAUAAACUAUCUGAUUUUUUUGCGUUAGAAAUUGAUUUUAAUUUGAAAAUUGACAAGUUUUGAGGCAUUAAAAAGCAUUUUGGCCCUCAGAUCAAAGUUAAAUUGCGCACGUUGUUUACUUCGUAAAAUAAUAUGAGAGCUUAGUUGAUUUAGAUGUGAAAAUCUCAAACAGUCUAGUGAAAUUUAAAAGAUAAUUAUGAAACCGCAAAGUGAAAUAGAUGAAAAAGUGACCAAGACCCCUCAUGGCCGAGGCCGGAUGAUUUGUUUCCUAGCUGUAUCAAACCGUGUGUAUGAAAAACUACACCAAAAUGUAAAACCCCCAACAGAGCUCUGCGCUAUCUAUAUAAGAACCAUAUACUUAGAUUUUUUUUCUUUACAGAAAAUCGCACUCAAAUCAGUUCAUCUGUUUGUUAACCUCAAUGCCACGUAUAGAGACUAUGUUUGUAUUUGAAGGUUUAAAAGACAGCUAAAGAUUAAAUUGGUAAAUGUAUAAGAAUCUGAAGUGGUGUGAAGUUGCUUGAAAUGUAUCUACUUUGUCAUAUCAGAUAGAGUAGGCAGGUUCAGUGGUAUCUGUUCAAAAAUUCGAAUUUUCUAGAUUAUCUCCAAUAAAUGUAUUAGCUUUGCAUCUUAUCUUGGAAUAAAUAAUAGUAAUAUGUAGUUAUAUUUUUAAAUAAUAUAUAAAUGUGAUUUGGGAUUCGUGGGUUCUUUCAACCCACUUGGUCCUUUAUCAUUCUAAUACGAACCUUUCUGUAGUUUACCAAAGAGAAUCGAAAUACCUUUACUACCAAAAUGUGUCGUUCCCAAGAACGCUCGGACAAUAAAUACGAGCAAAUUUCGUCCUUACGGUAAGCGAAAAUGUGGUACUUUUUUCUUGAGAACGUCAUUAAUAGUACACUCCACUAGACGUAGCAUAAACAUAAACAAUCAUAGGGUGCUAAAAAAAUUACCAAAGUAUUAUAUUAAAGCCGGAUUUCUCAACUAAGAAAUUGUAGCGAAACUGUCAUGUAAUUAGUUAUGAAACUAACAUAUUGUAACGAAGUUUAUAAAUUUUCGUAAUGAAGCUGAUGUUGAAAUGAAAUUGCGGGGAUCUGUCUCUUUUAAGUACUCUCACUAAGACGUAAUUAAAGUGACAGAGAAAAAUGCCCGCAAUUGACGAACUUGGAUUUUCGCGGCAGAUGCCGUCGGAUAUAUUAGCGAUAUUAAUAUGCUCAAAAAUAUCAGGACACGAAAUGUGUUUAGAAGGCUUACCGCGAACACCGAAAUUCGCAAAUUGCGGGCAUCUUUCUCUGUCACUCUAAUUAAGUAAUUACCCCUUAACUGGAGUAAAAGAGAAAGAUGCUCGCAAUUUAAGAACUUCGGUAUUCGCGGUAGGCCCUCUGGUACAUAUGAUAUUAUAUUGUCAAUAUCAAAGCAUGAAACUGCAUAUUACAAGAUUGAGCCCCUUAUAUCAGUAUAGAUAUUUUCUAUGGCAUUCUGUAUUUAACCAAAAAUACUUGAUAGAAGAUAUAUACAUAUAACCAAGUCUCGGAACCGGUUAAAUUUCCAAACCGUUAUCAUGUCCUUGGCGCAAACCCUUUUAAUUACGGUUUCGCUCGAAAAAAAUUGAAAACCAGGGUUUAUGAGAACAGUUUUUGUCAAAUUAACCGGUUUAGAACAAUAAAAACCGGUUUCUUCCUAUGUCAGUGUCUGUUUUCGUGGCACACCACCAACCCGACCGGCCGUUGCGUCGCUCGUCGGAUAAACCGUUUUUUUAGGUUACAAUAAAGUUCUUAAAACGGUCGCGUUCACUUAAAAAUUCAGAGGAAAACCAAAAAAACCGGUAUUUUAAAAACCGGUUCCGAGCCUUGUGUAUAACUUCUCGUACUUAUACAGGGUGAUUUCGGGGUCGUGGAGCAAGAGAAUUAUUCAAAGACGAGCCUAAUGAUAUUAGUAGAAAAAAACAUUUUUGCAUACAAUUUGGUUACCGUACUCAAUGUGACGUCUUGUCGCUUUCCAUACAGUGACCAUGAUUACUUAGUAUAAGAUUAAUUUUACUUAAAAAUAAGAAAAAAACACUAAUUAUAUUUUAAUCAAAUACUACCAUAUGAUAAUGUGGAUCAUUUACAGAGUCAGAAAAAGUGGUUCUGGAUCACGACCCAGAAAUCACCCUGUAUAGUUUCAAUUAAUAAAACGAAUGAUUAGAGUGCUAGGGAAGUAGGGACUGAGAUAUAACGAGCUAAUAACAAAGGUUGUUUCACGAACUACGUAUUUAGUCGCUUUGCUUUUUGUUAUUAUUAUUUUAUUAUUGAGUUAAUCAACUUUUUGUCUGCUGCCUCACUAUUUAGAUUAAAAGGAUUUUUAUUUACCUACCAAAUAUACAUUUUUGUGUUUAUUUCUUACUAUUUUUAGUCGGUUCCAUCACGAACUGUCAUAAUGUUUGAUAGACUAUGUUAGUAUUGUCUCCGGGGUAACGGGACAGAAUAGCAACAAUAAAUGGUUGAUCCACCCAGUUAAAUAGUUAUUAUACUUAUAGUUAUUAAUAAUACAGUCGAUACCCCUUUUCAAUUACUAUUUAGAUGAGUAUUAUUAAUUGUUGUUUAUACUCUAAUGGCAAACUCGCUUCUGAAGCAAAUUUAAUCGAAUUUGAUUUUCUGUUACGUAUAUUUUGUAUUAUUAUAUAUAAUUGCAUGUUACAGUUGUUAGCUUUGUAGCUGGCCCGCAACGGCUUAUCCUUUAUCUAUUGUUAACUAAAACCGCAUGUAACCUGCAAAAAAAAGGGUCGUAUAAUUCUAAUUGGCACCUUAGCGCGGGCUAGUCCAGCGCUAAAAAAACCAGUGUAGGUGCGCUCUCCGAUAACGCGCCUUUGUUGCGCAUAUCGAGGACACAUUUUAGACUGGUUCGGUAGCGUUCGACUCGCCGGCACUCAGUAACCGUAUAGGGACCACACAAGAAAUCACUAAUUAUUUUUCCAUUUGUUAAUUUUGAAUCUUAUUUCAGUUAGGUACCAUAUGAGUUCUAAUUAAAUAACCGCUUAAAGUUACUCGGCCCUUUUUGCAGGUAAGUGCACGCAAGCGCGGUUUUAGUUAACAAUAGACAAAGGAUAAGCCGUUGGGGGCCACCUACAAAGAUAACAACUAUAGCAGUAAGCAAUAGCCUAUAUACCAAAAAGAACGAUUAAAUCCGUAUUCAUUUUCAGUCAGUAUUAAAUUCAUAGGUACCAGUAAAAAAAUCUUAAAUUCAUGUAAACAUUUACAGACAGAUCUUUGUAUUUUUUUAUUAUUAUAAAUAAUUUAUAAUUAUAUUCUGUUUGUUUAGCCGCGCUCGUUGCAAUUCUUAUGUACUCCAGUAGCUAGCGCAAUAUAUUAGUGUUCAUUAGCAUAGGUACGAAGAUUUAGCAUAGUGUUAGUGAUGCGGAAACCGAUGCUAGUCCGGAUAGGUCACACCUAGGCUAAAGGCGCCAAAGUUUAUUUAUCACAUCCCUAGAUCAUAGCUGGUCACAGUACUAGUAUUGCAAGCAGUAACUGGACUUCCACCGUUGACCGCCACAGUCGGCCAUAACCGACAAAGGUUACAGUAUAAAUACUUAAUAAGUACAUUUUAUUAAACUGUACCAAAGAUAAUUUGAAAUAGAGUUGGAUUGUCAAAGAAAAUUUUGUAGCCACAUUAAAUUUACUGCCAUCUUUAGACACAUGAUUAAAACUUUUAGAACGCCAGUUGAGUUUAAUCCUUUUUUUAUUCACUGUUAUGUGUUAAAUUUGUUAAAUAUCAAAAAGUGGUGCCAUCUUACCGGGCACAACCCAAAGGUUGUGGCACCAUCACUCGAAACGAUGCCGCCAUACCUUUGGCAUUUGAUCUAUUGAUGGCGACACUUUUUGAUAUUUAACAAAUUAAACAUAUAUCAGUGAAAGGAUAAGGAUCGAAGUUAAAUGGCGUUCUAAAAGUUUUAAUCAUGUGUCGAAAGAUGGCAGUAAAUUUACUGUGGCUACAAAGUUUUCUUUGACACUCGCAUCUCUAUUUCAAAUUCUGUUUGACUGUACUAUUGCGAAUAAUCGUGGCUGUCAAAAGUUUAAAACAGGUUACCUACCAUGACGCAAGCGGUAUGCUUGUUUGCUACCUUCGUGCUAUUUAAAAAAUGCUUGGAAUACUUUUACUGAACAUCAAAAUUAGAGUAUGGAGAUUAAUUAUAUAUUAUUUGCAGUAAAACUUAAUUCUACUUGCAGCAAAUUGAUGUUUUGAUUUAAAAUUAUAAUACUUAGUCAUAAUUAAUUUAACAAGUGAAACUGUACUUACCUAAUUGUAAGCUUAUGACAAAAUUAUAUUUACUGUAUUUUUUAUAAUGUUCCAUUUAUUGUGCAUUUUACCGAUUCAUCAUUUUAUUCGAUCUGUGAAGUUUAAUUAUUUUAAGUAAGUACAUUAGUAAAGAGAAUACCUACACGAUGAACAGGUUUUAUUAAAAUUUGAAUAAUCUUAAUUAAUGUAUUAAUGAUCGUUUUAUGGUAGAAUUGUACUUUUGCAAGUCAAAAAGCAGUGCAUGACGCUAUUCUGAACCCUAUAGCUUGGCUCAGUCUGAAUAUAAAUACUUUUGAAAAAAAAAUAUAUAAAUUAUACUUCUAGCAAUGUUUGCCAAGCUUUCCUCAAAUUACACAAGAUAUAAAUAUUAAAUUAACCUAAAAUGCUGUUAACAAAAUUUAAUAAGUAUUUCAAUAUUUUUUGGUCUCCAUUAUUAUUUUAUUUGAAUAUUUAUAUUUUAAUGAUACACAAAUUUAAUUAUUUUUAUGUCUUGAAAUAUUGGCUCAGUAUUGUAUCGAUUCUUACUCCUAUUACGUGCCAUAUGCGAAAACACUUUAAUUUGUUACCACAAUAUUUUAAGCAUAAAAAAAUAUUGCAAUAUUUUAGUGAAGCUUUGCUCCGCCAAGUACAAAGUGAUGAAUUUAGUAUCCACCAGAAAUUUUAUCUCAUACUUUGAAAUAUAUUUUGAGCUAAUAAAUUAAAUAUUUCA